GAGGGAAAAGCCGGGGAUCGACUCGUCCCGGGGCGGGUUGGUCCCGGCUAUGACCGGGCGCUGAUGCUAACUGACCCGUGAAAAUGACUUCUGAGGUCUUGUGAGGUCGGGUUACCGUUCAGCCAUGUUGCAGGAGAGGGGGCGAGAGGGAAGAGGAGCGGAGGUGUGUGUGUGUAACUGUGUGUGUGUGUGUGUGUGUAACAGCGUGUGUGUGUGUGUGUGUGUGUGUGUGGUCGCGCGCUGACACAUGCCCCUGUUCCCGGUAACGAGAGGCAGCGCGAGCGGAAACCGUUAGAGCCGUUCGGAACUGAACAUCCCAAAGCCCCGCGAGAUGACUUUCUGACUCGGCGUGCCGGGGAGCGUGAGCGCCGUUCAGCCAUGUUGCAGCAGCAGGGAGACGGAGGGAGAGAGGUCAAUGAGAGUCAGCAACAGCUCGCUGUGAAGAGCAAAUCCUCCCUCUCCUCUCUUCUCCACCAUGAUCUCCUCUCUUCCAUACGUUAGUCUUCUUAUUUUAGCAGCGCUGCCUUCCUCCUCCUCCUCUUUCUCUUCCUCUUCUUUCUCUCUUGCCCUUCUCUCUUUCUCUGAGUUUUGACUCUUGAUUUUUCCUAUUUUAUUUAUUUUUUUGUUUUUUUUUUCUCCGUCAAACACACACGCAUACACUCUUGUGAGAUGAAGCGUGGGUCGAGUGUGUUGCAGCCUCCCUCUGAUGCAGCCAAACGACACACACACCCCGCACUGACAAAGACACACUCCGGUGAUGAGGCUUUGUCGAUGAGUGUGUGUGACGCGCGCGCCGCAGGUUCGAGUCCCUUCCCAGCAGCCACCUCUCUGUUCAGCCCUGAUGUCAGCACCAAGAUGGCGUCUGACCUCCUCAUCAGGCUUUCAGAGGCCACCCAGAAGGCCCAGAUGCAUCCUGGGAGCCAGGAGGAGGCGGAGCAGCAGGACGAACCCGGCGUCGCCCUGUCGCCGGACGGUCCCGGUGCGAGUCCCGAGCCGCCGUCGCUGACCCACACCCCGGAGGGAAACGCCGUCACAGACACCCUGGCCUCAGACCUGCUCAGGAAACUGGCAGAGCGCCAGGAUGUCAGCGGCCACAUGUUGAGGCUCAAAGAGGAAGAGGAGCCUCUGGAGGUCGACGCCAUGACCCCAAGUCAGCUGGUCGUCAAGGAGACGACUCAUUCCACCUUAAGGAUGACGAACCACCAUCUCUUCAAUGUAAAACCAGAAAACCAGUUCCUCACCAGGAAUAACCCAGCUGAACAGUUGCACCCUGGAGCCAAUAUGGUGGACCAGUACAGCUUUGGUCUUAACGCAGGAGAUGGAUUUUCUUCCUCUCACCCAGCAGACUGCUUCUUGAACGCAUCAAACGGUUUUCAGUUUCAGGUGAAACUGGAGGAUUGUUCAGCUCCUGAAACCGCGGUGGAGGACCUCCUUCAUCCCAGAGCCAAGAUGGACAACCUUCGUCCUGUCAAUGCAAAGAUUUCAGAGAAACCGUUCAAUGGAGCUAAGAUGAGCAACAAGUUUUUCUCUGGUAUCACGAAGGAGAGCCAGUUUCCUUCAGCGGCCAUGUUGGAGAACGGGGUUGUUUCUGGAGCCAAGAUGGCCGCUCAGGUUUUCUCUGGAGCGAAAAUAGAGGAGCACUUUCUCUUUGGAGCCAAGAUGGAGGACGAGUGCCUGAGAGCGGUCCUGUGGCAGGACAUGUCCGUCAACCUGGCCUCUACGCUACUGCAUCAGCUCUCCGAGAAGGUCAGUAAGUCCAGCUGUCAGCAGGUGGAGAGGAUGGCUCCACCCAUCAGAAGCAGUCCUGCUCUGAAGAUCAACAUGGACCACGUCCCUUCCUCUCCACUGUUGAGCCCCAGAGAAACCCUACAUGAAAUGCAAACCAGCAUCGUUAGAGAUCAAACCUCGGGUUCUUCUUACUUCUUCAGGUGUCACGUGUGCGGCUUUGAGACGGAGGGCCACGCCCUUUUCAAGAGUCACAUGACGGAGCACCGCCAAUGGGAACACGGCUCCUUCUCUCUGCACUGCUGCAGGUGCGACCAUUCGACCAAUCAGGAGGCAGAGAUGAUGGCCCAUGUGGACACGCAUGUACACUGCGACACGGGAGAAAUGAGACGCCCGGCCCCUCUCCCCGCCGCCCCCAGCCGAGCUCUGCCGGUCGCCGUGGCAACACAGCCGGAGCAGAGCACCUCCGAGCAUCGCUGCCGCAUCUGCCAGAGGUCGUUUCCCGGGCAACCGGAGCUGCUGGCCCACUUCCAGGGUCAUCGCCAGGGCAACCAGUACCGGUGCGACCGCUGCGGCCACCUGACGCGGACGGCCAACAAGCUGGUGGAGCACGUGCGCGUCCACACGGGCGAGCGGCCGUUCACCUGCGACCUCUGCCCCUACAGCGCCAAGCGGCGGGACAGUCUGCGGCUGCACUGCAAGGUGAAGCACGCUAACGCUAAUGCCAGCGCUAACGCCGGCGUUAACGCCGACGUGCACACGCACCGGACCUACGCCCCCCACGGAGACGGUCAGCGCUCCAGCAAACACGUCCGGCGGCUGCACACCGCCUCCUCUCUUCCUCGCCCUGCUGCUCCUCCUCUUCCUGCGCUGCAGCCGCUGCUCUCCGACUGCACAGGAUGGAGGGAUUUAUCUCCUCUCCUCCCCAUCACAACGCUCAUCUCUCUGAAACCUCGCUCCUAUUUCUCCUCCUGCUCCUCUUCCUCACCGCACUGCUCCAACAAACACUCCUUCCUGGGUUACCUCGGCCUCACGUCUUUGUAAAUGUUUGCUUUCCUCUCAUCCCCCCUUCCUUCUGUCCGUCCUCUGGACUAAAAAGCGAUGGAUGUAAAGUCACCCAGCACUACGUAUGAGAAUGUCAAACAGCGCUCACAUAGGGAAUGUUUUCUAUUUAUUCUACUUUUGCAUUAAGCUCGUGGUUUUGCCUGCUUUACUCCUUCAUAUAGCCACUCUACUCUUAGCUAGGUGACUGUGGGACAUAUUUAUCUAUCGCCCGUCUCUCGUCCUCCAGAAAUACUGAACCUAAAGAUCCGGAUUAUUUUAUAGUGAAAAACAGGUUUAUUUGGAUGAAAAAGCUUCCUGAAUGAAGUCUGGUUACUCACUGAAGGAAAGGUCAGAUUAGAUCAGAGGAGAUGGUUCCAGUUUACAGAAAAUCAAGCUGAGCAACAUUUUUUCAGUUCGUCUUUCAGAGAAGAAAAAGUUAUCAUGAAGUUAGCGACGCUUCGACAGCAGCUGCUCGGGAUAAAACAAACUUCAGGCCUCACAAUGACAUGAAAAACAUCAUUAUUUAUAUUUUAUAAAGAACAAAUUCAAACAAAAAUCACAGUUUUGAUGUUUAGAACUACAAUGGAGUUUAAAAAAUAUUAAAUUACAAGAAUAAGGUCAUAAUAACUCAGGAAUAAAGUCCAAAUAUUACAAGAGUAAAAUUGUGAAAUACAAUUUUAUUCUCCUAUUAUUGUGAGAUAUGAGAAUUAUCUCAUAUGAAAGUCAUUAAUAUUAGAUUAAAGUUGGAAUAAUAUGAGAACAAAGUUGUAUUAAUACAACAAUAUAACUGUAAUAAUACAGCAACAUAGUUGUAAUAAUAAAAAAAUAAAGUUGGACUAUUAUGUGAAUAAAGUUAAAUAAUUUGAGAAUAAACUCAGAAUAAUGUGAGAGUAAUAUCGUAACAGUAAAAGAUUAAAUUCAGAAAGAUACAAUAAAAGAGUCUUUAUAAUUCGAGAAUAAAAUUGGAGUAAUAAUGCGAAUAUUGUGAAAAUAAAAUCAUAUUAAUACGACAAAAUCAGAAUAAUUUGAGAAUAAUGUUGUGAUAAUAUGAGGAUAAAAUGAUAAUAACCUCUUUAUACCAUAACCGUAUGUUUCUAGUGUAAAGACCAACUUUCUGUUUGUUUUCCUCUCAUUUUGUGUGAAGUCGCCUCCAAACUUACUGCCUGAUUUUUAUUUCCUCUCAACUUUAACUUGAAAUCAAGAUAAAAACCAUUUAAAAAACUUUUUCUUUCCUUAUCUUAGAAAACAAAUUGGCUAAAAUCCAGACUAAAAAAUUUAAUCUUCUUUUAGUUAAACGUUAGAAAUCCAGAUUUUCCAUUAGUUAAUUAAUAUAUCACUCAUUAAGGGCUAACUGUCGUUAUUAAGAUAACCGGUAUAAUCAAAUCCAGGAAGUGCUUUUAUUUUUAUUCUCAGCUGUAGUUUUUCUACUUCCUGUUGGGAGUUUCUCUUUGUCGCUCCAGGAUUUUUAAGGAUUUGUUGUUUCUGGAGGACGGUGAUGACAUUUCUGAUACCUGUGUUGUGUAUUGAUGAUGUAUUUGUGUUUACAUAACAACAUGAGGCCCUACGGAGUACAAAACAUCUCGAAAGUUGCACUAAAAUGUUGGUUUUAGAGAGAAAUCACUUCAGACAUUUCUUUAUUUUAUUACAAUCACUGAAACACUCAAAAAGCCAAAUAAACCCACAUAUUUACAUUAUAUCCCAGUUUAACAUUUGAUUGACGGUUUAAUUAAAUAUAUCAGGAAUUAUAGAGACAUAAACAAAUGGAUGGACUUAAAGUUAAAAUAUUGUACAUUUUCUCUCUUUCCUACCUGAACAAAGCAAAAAACAAAUAACAUCAUAUCUUUUCAAACCCUGUUAUUUUAUGAAAGUGUUGAUCAGAACAUGGAGGAUUGUGCAAUUUACUUUCUUACAUAUUUUUAUUUAUAGAUUUAUUCACAUGACUUUAUUAUCACGGCAUGACAGAAAGUGAUUCUUCCCCCAGAGAACAGUCACUUGAUUUGCUUUAUUAUUUUUCAAAACCCUGGCUGUGUGUUGAGCGUGAAUAAAUACAGAAAAUAACUGUUUUUGUAAUUUUUCAACUCAAUAUUUAAUUGAAAAAAGCAAAAGACAACACACUA